UAUUGUACUAUAAUAGGUGUCACGACAAAAAUGGUGCGACAGAACUCUCGGCUGUUGGUGGUCUGCGGUCCGUCGGGCUCCGGCAAGUCGACGCUCCUUCGCAAGCUGUUUGACGAAUAUCCUGACAAGUUUGGCUUUUCGGUGUCGCAUACCACACGAUCGCCGAGGCGUUUUGAAGUGGAUGGCCAACACUACCACUUCACUACCAAAAACGAGAUGCAAGCAGCUAUCGAACGAGGAGACUUCUUAGAACACGCCAUCUUCUCUAACAAUAUGUAUGGUACCAGCCUCAAAGCAGUACAAAAUGUUCAAAAGUCUGGCAAGAUUUGUGUUCUUGAUAUUGACAUGCAAGGAGUCAUUCAAAUAAAAAAUGUGACUUCCCUGAAACCGGUCUGUGUAUUUGUCAAACCUCCCAGUAUUGGUGAACUCGAAGUACGAUUGCGCAGGCGGAAUUCAGAGUCUGAAGAUAAUCUACGAGCCAGACUGAAUGUCGCUCAACAGGAAAUCAACUACGGAGAAACGCCUGGAAACUUUGAUUGUAUUAUUAUAAACGAGUCCUUAGACAAAGCAUAUAAUGUAUUCAAAGAAUUUGUUUUGAAGUCCUUUGAAAGUGUAGAAAAUUAAGUAUACACAUACUACCUAAAGUAUUCAGUAUUUGCAACUCAGUCAGUAGGUUUUAGUUAUUAUAUUCGUAAAAUGUUUUUGUUUGCUUUAUGAAAUAUUGCUAAAAAAACAUUCUAGAAUAAUAUUAUACCUCGUGUUAUACUUA